AUGAAGAUGAUCGCAUCAAGAGGCAUCAAAGAAGGCAAAGCCAUGUACAGCUACGUCUUACAUUCACAGGGAUUGCUGAAUGAAAAUACUAUAAGUCCUGUCUGCCACCACAGCAGAGGGACUCAGCAGAGCAAGACGGGAGACGGCAGCAGGACGAUGACCUCAUCACCAUUGUUCUUCACACUUACAGCUCUAGUCCGCACUUGCUCCAGCCCCAUAACAGAAGAUCCAUACCUCUGUAUGGACCUGGGACUGAGGGUAACCAAAGCUAUGUACAUGUUCUAUGCUCUCGCCAUUGUAUGUGAUGACUUCUUUGUCCCAUCCUUGGAGAAGAUUUGUGAAAGGCUUCAACUCAGUGAAGAUGUGGCAGGAGCUACUUUCAUGGCUGCUGGCAGUUCUGCACCAGAGCUCUUUACAUCUGUCAUAGGAGUAUUCAUCACAAAAGGAGAUGUUGGGGUUGGAACCAUUGUUGGCUCCGCUGUAUUUAACAUUCUCUGUAUUAUUGGAGUGUGUGGACUGUUUGCAGGACAGGUGGUCGUUUUGUCCUCAUGGUGCUUGUUACGAGAUGCUUCAUAUUACACACUGUCUGUUCUCGCACUGAUUGUGUUUAUUUAUGAUGAAAAGGUCUCCGGGUGGGAGUCUAUGAUUUUGGUUCUAAUGUAUGCAGUUUACAUCCUUAUAAUGAAGUUCAACACUUCCAUACAUAAUUGCUUCGAUAAGAGAAAAAAGGGAGCAGGAAACAUGGCAAAUGGACUAGCGAGUAAUGCAGAUUUAGAUGACAACGUCAACUGUGAUGCAACUGUGGUCUUACUUAAAAAAGGAAAUUUCCAUCGUAAAACGUCAGUGAUCAUGGUAGAUGAGAUCCUGUCAGCAUAUCCCCAUCAAUUAUCAUUCUCCGAGGCUGGUCUGAGAAUCAUGAUAACAAGCCACUUCCCCCCCAGGACUCGUCUUUCCAUGGCCAGUCGCAUGUUGAUAAAUGAGAGGCAGAGAUUGAUAAACAGUCGAGGCUAUGCUAAUGGGGAGUCAGAAGUCACUAUCAAGAUUCCAAUCAAACAUGCAGUUGAGAAUGGGACGGGCCCAGGGAACUCAACAGAGAGAAAUGCCAAUGGCACCAGAAAAGAUGAAGAUGUGGCUGAAGCUGGCAAUGAGACCGAAAAUGAGGACAAUGAGAAUAAUGAAAACGAUGAGGAAGAAGAAGAAGAGGAUGAUGACAAUGAUGGACCUUUCACACCCUUUGAAUUUCCCUCUGGGGGAGCUAACAGACUGAAAUGGAUGGUAACCUGGCCGUUAUCCUUCCUUAUGUACUUCACUGUACCUAACUGUGCUAAGCCACGCUGGGAGAAAUGGUUUAUGGUUACUUUUAUCUCGUCCUCCAUCUGGAUUGCAGCCUAUUCUUAUGUGAUGGUCUGGAUGGUUACUAUCAUUGGCUACACUUUAGGAAUACCAGAUGUAAUUAUGGGGAUCACAUUCCUGGCGGCUGGAACAAGUGUACCAGACUGUAUGGCCAGCUUGAUAGUAGCAAGACAAGGUCUGGGAGACAUGGCUGUAUCAAAUUCAAUUGGGAGCAAUGUAUUUGACAUUCUUAUUGGACUUGGACUUCCAUGGGCGUUACAGACCCUAGCAGUGGACUAUGGCUCAUAUAUCCAUCUGAACAGCAGAGGACUGAUAUAUUCUGUGGCUUUGCUUCUGGCUUCCCUGUUUGUUACGGUAUGUGGUAUUCGUCUAAACAAGUGGAAACUGGACAAGAAGUUGGGCAUAACAUGUAUUUUCCUCUAUGGCAUCUUCCUGUGUCUUUCCAUCCUUACAGAAUUUAACGUCUUUACAUUUGUGAACUUGCCAAUGUGCAGGGGAGGAGGAAUCUGAUCCAUCGAGCCAAUUGGUUGAUGAGACUUCAUCUUACUUUUUGGUGCAAUACAGAAGCAAGACCCGUAUCCUGCACUAGGAGGUCGGCAACUGGUCACUGUUCAUGAGAAUUUCUUACUUCCUACUCUCCCUGUUUAUUCCAUGGGGACAAAACCCUCCCCAGUUUUUAUGUUCCACUUUAUUUUUGCACAAUAGAAAUUGCAAAACUUGUUGGUAAUUAUCCUUUUAUACAGUGACCAAGGUUCCAGAUGAAAAGGCUGCUAACUGGCCUCAAGCCAGCCCAAAUUACGUCUGCUACAAACCAUUCUGUUUUUAAGUUAUUUGGACUAAUGUAAUUUAUGAACUUGAGAUUGUUCAAACGUUGCAGAAUAAUAGGAACGAUUCAUUACCAGUAAUCAGUUAUUAUGAGGAAUAUCAUGAGAUAAAA